GAAGUGAAAAAGUGACACCACCCCAAGCUCUACAUUUACUUUGUGCCCUCUGUCUUAUCUUGCAUAAACCAGGCUUUUCUCCUGAAAAGGACUGAAGGAAUACAUCAAGGAAUACACUUUUGAUAUCAUGUCAAAAUCCAGAUGACUGUCAGAAAAAAAAAGGACAAAAUUGUUGGUUACCAGAUGAACAAGAUAAACAGAAAAGUGGGGAAAAAAAGCAAGCAAAGAAAGAAAGGAGACAAAGACUUUUAGGUAAGAAAUAGUGUUCCAAGAAUGGUUUUUCUUUCAGUCACUGAGAUUAUUCCAUGCCUAAAUCUAGCUGCUUAAAAGACUUCCUGACUUUCUGAAACUGAGUUCAGAUGAAGACGUUUUCUGGAGCGAUUUCUAGGACUAUUCCACCAACUAGAAGGACAAGGACUACCAUCUUAACCAAGAACUUUGGAAAUCUCCACUCCAUUUGCUGUUUUAUUAUUCAGCUUAGUUCCAUUUGAAAGCUGAAGUCAAACUUCACCCAAGAAUAUGUCAGGCAAGAAGAAAGAAAUCCAACUUCAGGCCACGAUAACCAAUCAAAAUGAGUGGGAUGAAAUGUUGCUGACAAAAGGUGUAGUAGUAAUAGAUGUAUAUCAAGCUUGGUGUGGUCCUUGCAAAGCUGUGGUAAAUUUAUUCAGAAAACUGAAGAAUGAGUUUAGUGAAGAUGAUGUGUUGCAUUUUGCAGUGGCAGAGGCUAACAGUAUUGAGACUCUGCAACCAUUUAGGAAUAGAUGUGAACCUGUUUUUCUCUUUUGUGUUAAUGGCAAAAUUAUUGCAAUGGUGAGAGGCGCAAGUGCUCCUCUUAUAAGUAAGAAAAUAACAGAGCUAGUACAAGAAGAGAGGGAAAUUGUAGCUGGACAGAAGGAACGCCCUGAGGUAGAUGAACUUACUUUCCUAGAAGAGAAAUCAUCAGAAGAUUCUAUUGAGGAGACUGUACCUGAGGAAGAAGUCACAUACUCUGUUGGAAUUAUAAAACCUGAUGAUGUCUUAGAAGGACGUGUAGAAGAAAUUAAACAAAAGAUUAGAGAUGCAGGCUUUGGCAUUGCAGCAUCAGAAGAGAAAAUGCUAACUGAAGAACAAAUCAGAGAAUUCUAUACCCAGAAAAAAGAACAGUUCAUGAUGAGUGGACCAUGCCACAUUUUGCUAAUAACUAAAAGAAAAGGAACUGAUGCUAUUCCUCUCUGGAAAGAACUACGUGAAUCACUUGAAAGCAUUCCUGAUGAGUCUGGAAAGUCAGAAAGACCAGAAGAAACUCCAGAAACUGACAGUAUAUUAAAUAUGUGUGAUGUGCAAAGCAGUAUAGAAGAUGCCAGCAGGCAACUUGCCUUCUUUUUCCCAAAUUUUGGUCAAAAGAAGACAGAGCAAAAAUUUGAAAAGACUUUGGCCUUAGUUAGACCUUGUCUUCUAAGGGAAAGACGAGAUUCUAUUAUACAAAGAAUAAAGGAUGAUGGCUUUGAAAUAGCAAUGCAGAAAGAAAUAAACCUAUCUGAAGAACAAGCACGUGAAUUUUACAAAGAGCAUGAAAAUGAAGACUACUUCCCUUUCCUGCUAGAGCAAAUGACCAAUGGUCCAACUCUUGUACUUGCUCUAACGCGAGAAAAUGCUGUAGCACACUGGAGAAAUUUAUUAGGUCCAAAGACUAUUGAAGAGGCUAAGAAGGAAAAUCCAAACAGUUUACGUGCACAGUAUGCAGUUGACAACAUACCAAUUAAUCAGCUGCAUGGUAGUUCUUCACCUAAUGAUGCUCAGAAGGAAUUAGAGUUCUUCUUCCCUCAGGAGCACACUUUGGCAUUGAUCAAACCUGAUGCUGCUAAGAAGCAUAAAGAUGACAUUAUGCAAAAAGUUAAAGAUGCUGGGUUUACCAUCUCAAAGAUUAAAGAGGAAGCUUUAACUCGUGAAAUGGCUACAAAGUUUUAUAAGGAUCACGAAGGAAAACCUUUUUUUGAAGAGUUAGUGGCACUUAUGACUGAGGGCCCAUCAGUGGUAAUGAUCUUAACAAAGGAAAAUGCUGUGCAAGAAUGGAGGCAACUAAUGGGUCCAACAGAUCCAGAAGUAGCAAAAGAGAGCUCUCCUGAAUCAAUUCGGGCUCAGUUUGCACAAGAUAUUUUGUCUAAUGCUGUUCACGGAUCAUCUACUAGAGAACACGCACUGGAAAGCAUUGAGUGUAUAUUUGGUGAGAUUGAUAUAGAUUGA